AUGGAGGAGGAUGACAUAGAGGUUUACAUAGGCCCAGACCUCUCUGCAGAGUGGGACCUGCAAGUGCCCUGCCACAGAGGACCUGAAGUUUUGGGGUUUGACUCAGACCUCUUGGGGGUCCCGGCCAAGACCGGCAGGGAAAGGGAGCUCAAGGAGUUGGCCCAGCUGCUACCCCGCCUGGGUGUGGCUCAUAGGUCACGCCCCCACCCAGCUGCCCCCUUCCCCCUCCGGCCUGGGCCGGAGGGGAUCUCGAACAGCUGCCAGCCCGCUGUGACUUGUCAUCCUCCCCCACUGAAAGGCCCUCCCCUCCCGUCUGCUCAUGGGAGCCGCAUCCCUUCCUUCUCUUUUUUUUUUUUUUUUGCAGAAGGGGAACCUGGACGGCAAGAGAAGUGGCACUCGAGCACAAAGUCACUCAGCCCUCCCUUUGGGCUACCCAGGCUCCCAGCUGGGCCAUGGCAGUUCCUCCUUGACCUGGGCACCCACCUGUCCCCGUUGGUCCUCUAUCCCACCGCCUGUCCGCGGCUCCCCGGACGCGCUCUGCUCCCGCCCCUCCGACUGGCUGCACCCACAGGCAGCCCUGCCCAAGACCCCGGGCUCCCUCCGCCGCCCGAGGACCCCGAGCUCACCGGCCAGGUGCUAUCCUCCCGCCACCGGCCUGUCCGCGACACUCACCUGGGUGCCCGCUCCUCGUCUCGCGGGCAGCCCGGAUUCUCGCAGCUCGGGCGCCCCCUCAGCUUAGCAGCCCCCGGGGUUCCGGGGCGCCCGAGCCUGGAGGAAAACGGAGUGACCUUCGAGAAGAAAAUACUGGGGCGCGGCUCCCAGGGGCUUCGGAGCCGCGGGCCUUCUCGGACUUUUCUCCAGCUGAACCGGCUCGGUCCCCUCCCACUCGCCUCUGAGCCUGGGCGGAGCCGGGGGGCUGGAACCGGGGACUCACGGGCGCCCACAGGCCAGAGGAGUCUAACCUGGUACUCCACCCUCCUCUGCUUUAAGUUCCUUCUCUGGGGAUCCCGAAGUCCUCGCCACCUCUGGGUCUCCCCAUCCACCCGCCUUUUAGCCCAGGCGCCUCUCCCACGCUGCAUCCCUGGCCUUCCCGGCCCUUCUGUGGUCAGUGGUUUCCCGUCCACAGGCCCUGCCCUAGUCAAACGCCAUGCAAAGCUCUGCGCCCGCAAAACUGCCCUUGGCUGGUUCCUGCCCAUUUCCUGGCAGCACAGACAGCUUCCCAAAUUGAGAAGGGUGGACAGGAGGCAGAAGGGUGACUGGAUGGGAUCCGGCUCAGCGCUGGAGAAGAGCACAACCCAUCUGCCCCUGGAAAAGAGAGGAACUGUCACCCUAAAUUCUACCAGACACAACUUUAAAAUGUACUGUGUCUCUCUCUUCCACAGCCACAAGCCAGCUCUGGCUACCGUUGUCUCUUAUUCAUUCAUUCAUUCAUUCAGCAGUACUGUGUAGGACACUGUGCUGAGUGCUGGGAUAAGUCAAGCUUCUCAUACUCGGUACUCUGGACUUUUGGACUUAAAAUUUUUCUUGAAAGGGGGCUAAUCCUGUGAAUCGCAGGCUUUUCAGCAGCAUUCCUGACCUCUACCCCCUAGAUCCACCACCUGUGUACUUGCAUGAACAAUCAACACCCAUGGAGGCAGCAGUCAAGAAAUCAAAGGACAAAUUGCAUGGGGCAAAUCUGCUGCGAAAGAUCUCUUUAAAGUGUUAAUAAGCGAAGAUGUCACUUUGAGGACUAAGGUGCACUUGACCCAAAUAUAUGAGGUCUUUUUGACCGCCUCAUAUGCAUGCAAAAGCUGAACAAUGAAAAAGGAAGACGGAAGAGUGAAUGCAUUCAAAUUGUGAUGUUGGUGAAGAAUAUUGUUGGAAGAACAACAAAUUAGUCUUAGAAGAAAUACAACCAGAAUGCUCCUUGGGAGCGAAGGAGACUUUGGCUUCUUUAUUCUGGACACAUCAUCGGGAAAGACCAAUUGCUAGAAAAAGACAUCGCGAUUGGUAAAGCAGUUGUUGUUAGGUGCUGUCAAGUUGGUUCCGACUCAUAGUGAUUCUAUGCACAACAGAACAAAACAUUGCUCUAUCACCCACCAUCCUCUCAAUCGUUAUGCUUAAGCCCAUUGUUGCAGCCACUGUGUCAAUCCAUCUCAUUGAGGGUCUUCCCCUUUUUCACUGACCCUCUACUUAACCAAGCAUGAUGUCCUCCUCCAGGGACUGAUCCCUUCUGACAACAUGUCCAAAGUAUGUGAGACAUAGUCUCGCCGUCCUGGUAAAGUGUCUGUUAGUUUGUCAUACCGUGGGGCCUUGUGUGUUGCUGUGAUGCUGGAAGCUAUGCCACUGGUAUUCAAAUAUUAGUAGGGUCACCCAUGGUGGACAGGUUUCAGCUGAGUUUCCAAACUAAGACAGACUAGGAAGAAGGACCUGGCAGUCUACUUCUGAAAAGAUUUAGCCAGUGAAACCUGGUAAAGCAGAGAGUCAGCUGAAAUGAGGGAAA